AUGCCUCCAAGUGAUAGUAAUGAUAAUUUUCAUAGAUUUGAUUCUUCCUAUUUACUGAAGUUACCGCUUUUGCCUACAAAUGAGUUAAAUAAGAUUGAGCAGGACUUGGCGGAUGAAUUCAAGAGUGCGAGCAAGGAAUAUGUUAUCUCCAGGUUGUCAAGGAUUAACCAUGUAUUAGAUGAACUCAAUUAUCACAUAAGAGUCUUUACGGAGAAUGAUUUAAACUGGUCAAGAAUAUACAACUUUGAGAUUGAGACGAUCAGUAACAUGAAAACGAAUACCGAAGACUAUAUUCUCUUAGAUACGGGUCUAAUAAGGAGUAAGCGAGAAGUUAUAACUGAUUUAGUAGACUAUGAGGAGGAAUUUAGAGAGAUUAUUAAGAACUUACAAAGUCCGCUAGAAUUUGAUCGCCAUUUUAUCAAGGGAAAUGCUAAUGAGAAUAAUAUACCUUUUGCAGCUCAGUUUGACAAGAUUUUAGAUCCUUUCAAAAAAGACUUAGAAAUAUCACUGAAUGAAAUGCACUACCAAAAUAACCUUGUUUCAUUAGAUUCAAAGAGAAAUGCAAUGAUUAUAUGGAAACAAUAUUAUCAAAAUCUUUUGAAUGGUAAAAGGGAGCUAAUCGACAGAACAUACCUGGAACUCAACGAAUUAUACAAAGAAUAUUACGAAAUAAAUGCUAAUGAAAUGAAUUGUUUGGCCUGGAAGCGUUACUAUCGCUCAUUGGUUAGUCCAACGGAUUUAAAGAGAGUUUACGAAGAACAAAAUCAGCAUCCUUUAGAUGGAAAAACCAGUCACGAUAGCUACUAUUACAUUGACAAUAUAUAUUAUCCUAAGAACAAGGUCGAAUUGACUGACGCUAAAUAUAGAGAUUUGGAGAGCUUAAAAACAUUUGAGGUGGAGCAAAAAAGAAAUUAUCAAAACAACGACCAAUGUUUAAGGUUGGAUUCUUGCUCAGGCUUGAAUAAUGAUGAAAUUGAAAGUGACUUAAAACUAUUGAGAAGUGAUGAUCUCAGUGAGACAGUGCCCACAGAAGCCUCUCCCUUAGAUCCAAUGGAACUGAGCCCUGCAGAACCCAUUGAUAAAUAUGGAUCAGAAUAUGAUAAAAAAAAUAGCGAGCAUGACGUAACCUUUCGAAGGAAGUAUAGGCGUUUGCUUGAAGUUUCUUCUCGUUCAGGAUAUUCAUCUAUUCCAAGUUUCAAUUCAUCUUCAACUGUCACGUAUCCGAACAACCCAGCAACAUCUGGAAGACAAUUGAAACCAUUCGUAUUGCCUGAAAUACCUCCUAUUGAGAGAUUUCAAAAUUUCAACAGAAGAGAAUAA